AUGCGUUUUGUUGCUGCAUGCGCUAAUGUCCGCGCUACGAUUUUUGGGAUUCCGUGUAAAUCGCUCUUCGAGAUCAAAUCUAUGGCCGGUAAUAUUAUACCUGCUAUUGCCACAACGAAUGCAAUGGUUGCUGGAAUGAUGGUUGUGGAAGCAUCCAAAAUUAUUUCUGGCAAUCUCGACAAGCUCAGAGUGGUGUUCAUAAGUCUCCAACCAAAUCCGAGGGGAAAGAUUCUUGUGGAUCAGAUCCCCUUUGAGCCCAAUCCCAAAUGUUUUGUCUGCUCAGAGAAGCGCGAAUGUCAUGUGCGCCUCAAUCCGGCUCUGAUGACUGUCAAAUCCCUUCAAGACAAGGUGCUGAAAGGAGCAUUGAAUAUGGUUGAGCCAGAUGUGAUGGAGGCAACAACAUCUCGCAUCAUUAUAAGUAGUGAGGAGGGCGAAACCACUGAUCUUGAGCCCAAAACUCUAGAAGAGCUGUCAAUCGGAAACGGUGCUAUGCUCACUUGUGACGAUUUCCAUCAGAAACUCGAGCUUAGAUUGAUUCUGAGUGAAUGUAAGACUAUGAAAGGAGAUGAGUUCGAGAUCGUACAAGAUAGUGGAGAAGAGAAACCAGCUGUGGAGGAAGAAUCACGAAAGAGGAAGAGUAUGGCGCCUCCAGAGGAGUUGGAUGAGCUUAAUGCACCAAAGCGUGCGAAGAUUUAA